CCCCGAUUCUCAUCUUUCCUCCGUGUCCGUGUAAAUGGCUGCUUCGCAUAUCAUCGGAUACGCCGACCCUCUGACGGCCUCGCCUGGCCAGACCGUCGCCAUCCACGUCUCCUGUCACCGUGAGAAAUACACCAGUGAACUAGUCCGUCUAGGCCCCGGGCAACUCAACCAUCCUGACGCUCCGCCCGAGGAUCGUCGCCGCGUAGAAUCCCUUGCGUCCCUCUCCCACACCGGACGCCCACAGUUCUCCCGUCCGGGGUCCUUUGCGUCGGUGCCCUGGAGAGGAGACCUUCUGGAUCAGCAUCAGAAGGAUGCGAUGAUCGUAUCCUUCUGGGCACAGCCCACUCUCCCACGUGCUGGUCACGAACAGUAUCUGUUCUCAUCCCUCGAUCCCGAUGGUCGGGCGGGAUUGGCAGCGCUAAUCGACGGGGAGGGAACGCUGGUUUUGUGCUCCGGGAGCCCCGAGGGUGUACAGCGUGUUUCAUCGUCGAUCUCGCUCGAGCGUGGGCGCUGGUAUCGUCUGGCCCUCACCUGGGAUCGCGCAUCCAACACUAUCGGCGCCGACGUGCAGGCCAAGGCCGGCGACGUCGGACAGGAUUCCACCGUGCAGGCCGAGAACCACCCCGUCAAGCCCAUGCAGCUGUCGACAUUGCAGACCUUGACGAUUGCGAGUCAUUCCAGUGCUGGACGAGUGGCUCCACACCCAGUCCCGUCGUCCAGUUUCAACGGCAAGAUCGACGGGUUCCGCGUGGAACUGGGAUGGAGAUGCAUCUUGGACCUGGAUUUCAGCAAGGACAUCCCCACGGACUCUGUUCGUGAUGUGUCUCCUAAUGCAACUCAUGGUGUUCUUAUCAACUCUCCUGCUCGUGCAGUGACGAGUCAUGAUUGGAAUGCUCUCGACGUUGACUGGACGCGUGCCACGUAUGGCUACGGCGCCAUCCACUUCCACGACGAUGAUCUCGACGACGCCGCGUGGGAGAAGGAUUUCGAUCUCGAGCUCCCCAAGGAUCUGCAUUCGGGGUGCUAUGGUGUCGUCGUGUCAGAUGGUGAAACUGAAGAUAUCAUUCCAGUCUUCGUUCGACCUGAUCUCUCCAAAUCGUCGAAUCCCCCUGUUGCUCUGAUCAUGCCCACCUUCACCUACACUGCAUAUGCCAACGACCGUAUGUACGACACCUCUCGUGACGUGCAUAUCGAUAUUCCCGGAUCCGACUCGGUGACGAAGAGUCGACAUAUCCAGAUUCUCGAAGCCCGACCCGAUCUGGGGAUAUCGCUGUAUGACAGCCACAACGAUGGUUCUGGUACAACGCAUUCCUCGACCAAGCGAGUCGUUCUCAACAUGCGACCCGACUACUUCCACUGGGGCUUCGGCGGUCCUCGUGAAUUCCCCGCCGAUCUGUGGUUCGUAGGCUUCCUAGACAGAGAGCUCGGCCGCGACAACUACGACAUCAUCACCGACCACGACCUGUCCAUAUACGGACCGGAGCUUCUCCUUCGCUACUCAGUCGCCCUCUCCUGCAGCCACCCCGAGUACCCGACCUUCGCCAUGCUCGACACCUACGACGCCUUCCUCGCCCAGGGCGGCUUCUUCCUCUACCUCGGCGGCAACGGCUACUAUUGGGUCACAGGGCACCAAGCCACGCAAGCCCAUCGUAUCGAAGUCCGUCGCGCCGACCAAGGCUGCCGCACAUUCAACCUCCCCCCAGGACACUGGCACCUGUCCAGCACCGGCGAACUCGGCGGUCUCUGGCGCUCACGAGGCCGUACGCCUAACCGUUUCAUGGGUCUCGGGUCCGACGCCUGUGGAAUGGGCCAAGGAGCGCCGUACGGCAUUGUGCCCGAGGCGCGCAACAACCCGGCCCUGGCAUUCCUCUUCGAUAGUCCUCGCCUGCGGGACCCGGCUGCGUCGGUCAUCGGGGACUUUGGACUCGUGCAGGGCGCUGCGUCGGGCGAUGAGAUCGACCGCUUGGACUACUCGCUCGGCACGCCGAGUAAUGCGAUCAUGGUGGCGACGACGAAGUUGGCGGGUGGUCAUUCGGAUAACUAUGGGUUGUUUAAUGAGGAGAUUCUCUUUCCCAUGGUUAAUACGACGGGGACGACGAGCGAUAAGGUCCGUAGUGAUUUGAUCUAUUUUGACACGAGCGCUGGGGGUGCGGUGUUCUCUGUCGGGUCAAUUAAUUGGGUCGGCGCGUUGGCGUGGAAGAAUUAUGAAAAUAACGUGGCGGAAAUCACGGCGAAUGCGGUGCAUGAGUUUGUCAAGAGAGUCAAGGCUCGGGGGGGAUAG